AUGUUCAAUUCUGAAGCGCAUCGGAGCGCUAUAGUAAACUUUUGUAAUGAAGAAAAAAUCUCUUGGCAUUUUAUUCCUCCCAGGUCUCCUCAUUGUGGAGGGAUUUGGGAGGCUGCAGUCAAAUCAUUUAAACAUCCCCUCGUCCGUACUGUAGGUGAUGUCUUGCUUACUUUUGAGCAAUUAGAGACUUAUAUAAUUGAAAUAGAGGCAAUACUAAAUUCUCGACCGAUAUCUCCUAUGUCCUCUGAUCCUAACGAUCUUCUCCCAUUGUCUCCUGCCCAUUUCCUUAUAGGUAGUCCAUUGACUUCUUUUCCAGAGAUUGACUUUUCAAGCACGCCAUCCAAUCGCUUGUCAGCCUGGCAGCAUGCUCAGCAGCUCAAGCAGCACUUCUGGACACGCUGGCAAAAAAAGUAUCUUCAGCAGCUCAUCAAAUUCAGCGGAUCCCAAUCUCAACCACCUAAUCUCAAGGUCGGAUCCUUAGUUCUCAUUUUUGAGGAGAAUUUGCCUCCUUUAAAAUGGGCUCUAGGACGCAUUGUCACUGUACAUCCUGGCCAGGAUGGAAUUGUUAGAGUAGUUACACUCAAAACCAAAACCGGCGAAUACCAGCGAUGUGUUAAGAAGCUCUGCCCUUUUCCCAUAGAUGAAGAAGAUGACGACUUCACUCCAGCUGAUUGA